UCAAAUCCAUCGCCGGCCGUCGCUCCCUGGCGCCUACCGUCCCGGCCCAAUCCCAUCAGCUCUGCUGCUGCCAUUACUGCACCCAUUGUUCCAGCCACCGUCGAUUUCGGUGCGGAAUCCAUCAGUUCUAGAAGGAAAUCGUUGGAACACGUGAUCGAGUCGAAUCGCACUGCCGGCCUUGUGGAAGCUGUCAAUCGGCACGUCGUCGAGACGCAUGCGCACACCAAUGGAGCCGACAGUGCCGCUUUAAUCAAACCAGACAUCGAAGUUCCAGAAGAUGAACACGAUCCUUCCAAACUGAGUCUGCGCGAACGAGUGAAAUUGUUUGAUCGGCCGCUGUUGGCGGCCAGCUCGUCUGCCCUCCCGCCCAAGCGUCCAGGUCGACCGAAUCGCAAGAUCUUUGCCCGUUUCCAGACGCAGCCCGUCACCAGCCGCGAGGUGAAAAAUGCUCUCCACCUGGGCUUUACGAGACGCCCGUCUUCGACCAAGGCCCUCGUUCCUACCAGAGAAGUGAUUGCAGAUCGUUCGGUCGUCAAAAUAGACGCAAAACCAGAGGAAGUGGACGAUCAAGAUCAAACUGGAGCUUCCGGCUUGGAGAGAAUCCGAGGAAUAUUGAGGAGGAAGAGCACGGACAACACGAUGGAGAUGCGUGGCAUUUUGCGGAGUAAAUCGCCUUCGAUUGGCGAACAGCCCAAAUCGAUUUUAAAACAUCAUUCGCCGGACGUUGACGAAACGGAGCAAUUGUCUCCUUCGAACAGCAGCUCGGACGAGUUCCCCGUUGCGGCCGAAAACGAUUUAGCUGCCCAGCUGCUCAACGUCGAGCUGGAAUCGAAACAUCAGCACGUGUCCGCCGAUGCCCAACCGCCAUCCAAUGGGGUGAACAGCAAGAGCGAUAGCGCCCUUUCGGAAAGCCCUACGUCCAAACCAAAAUCGAAUUCCAGUCAAAACAUGGCCGUCCAGCAAUCCUCUGUCCGUCGAGAAACUGAAACGAUCAUCUUGGAAUCGGAAGGAAGUAGCAGCGGAACAGAAACUACAACGACCGUUACAUUCCGGCUGGGAGGCAACACGGCCGGAACGACAACAGUCAAACAAUCGCAAACGAAAAUCAAGAGCCAUCAAAUCAAAGCCAAAAUGGAGGAAGUCAGCGACUCGAGCGUCGCUUCAAGCAGCAGAUCGGUGGUCGUUGAUGAGGAUGAUGACAGCAGUUCAUCCGGCGCCGAAGUCAAAACAACGGUAUCGUUGAGGUUGGCGGCUCUGCAGAAGAGCGGCGACACUGAAUGGCGUAAAAGGAUCUCGAAGCCGGUGGUGGGCAGUCCAUCGGCCUCGGCUGGAGAGAUGGACGAAGCUACGAAUUCAGACGGAGAUAUCGCAAGCAAAGGCAGCAUUGCCGAUCGAUUGAAAGUACUUGAAACAGCUCAAAAAGGGUGGCGGACAAGGGUUCACGAGCCGGACGCUGCCCGAUUUACCGUAGCUGGCAAAAUGGGCCAGCGUCCCGUGUCCGUCCACGUCCUCUCAUCUGAAACGAUCAAACACAAACCGAUUAGUCCGAUGCUCGAUCGCAAAAUGAAAACACCCAAACCUGUCCCGUUGAGGCUUAAAAAUGCAGACGGAUCGGCUGUGUCCGAUUCGUCGCCUGGAACAACGCCAUCCACCGACGAUGUGAAACCACCGUUCAACCGAUCCACGUCCGAUCCGAGCAGUACCCCAUCUAGACUCAUUAUUCCUGGAACUGGCAAAAUCACUUCUCGAAUCGUGUCCGUUCCACGGCCAGACGAUGAAACGUUCACCUCGUUCUUCGCUGCGUCUUCGUGGUCGCUGGCCACGUCAUCGCAAUCCGUGGCCAUGGUCCAGUCAUCCGCGUCGUUCGUUGAUAUAACAGACGAGGAUUUUGACCGGAUGGCCUUUUCUCGUGACGCGGUCGUCGUGGAGAAACGGUCAGGUGAACGUCCAGCGACGGAAACACAACACCUCGCGAAAUCCGAUCAAGUCUCUCAUCUUGCGGCCCGACAUGUUGCGCAACGAGUACGAGGAAGUGGACACUGGCGUGGCCGAACCGAAGUGCAGCGAGUCAAACUGGAAAAACUGGCCCAGAAUUCGCAUCUGGCCGUCGAAGCGCUGGCCGGUCUGGCGUCGAAAGAAGAUUUCGCGGCCAUUUCACUCAAAUCGGCCAAAGAGACGGGCGACGAGCAGUCGAAACGGACCGUUUAUCUGAUGCAGGUGAAGGGCCGUCGUCAGAUUCAGACGCGUUUGGUGGAGCCGAUCUACACGUCGGUCAACAGCGGCGACUGUUACGUCCUCGUCACGCCCACUGACGUCAUCCAGUUCAUCGGGCGUUACUCGAACGUCAUUGAACGCUCGAGAUCGACCGAAGUGGCGCAGCGUAUCGUCUCGAAGAAAGAUCUGGCCAGUGCCAGGGCGUCGCACGUCCAGCUCAUUGAAGAAGAUAAAGUGGGCGCCAAUUCCUUCUACGGCGCGUCGAAACGCUUCUGGACAGCCCUGGGCAGAAGCGAAGCGGAACAGGCCAUCCAUCCCGCCGGACCGCCGGAGGAAGACGAACUUUACGAAUCGGCCAUCGCAACGACAAACGCCGUCUGGCAACUCAGCGGCGAUCGUUUAGAACCUUGCCAACAACAUUGGGGAACGAUCCUGCAGACGGACAUCCUCGAUCCGAAUAAAGUGAUGGUGUUUGAUUUCGGCAGCGAAAUGUACGUCUGGAGUGGCAAAAUGACUCGGCUGGAAGUGCGGAAAAGGGCCAUGCAGCUGGCCAAGGAGCUGUGGGAUCAAGGAUACGAUUACACCGAAUGCGCCAUUAAUCCCGUGUUCCAGAAGGCUACGUCAGACGAGCAAAGCAAAGGGCAGCAGAGACCGUCCUGGGCGUUACUGCGCUCGGCCAAACAGCACAUGGAACCCGUUCUGUUCCGCGAGAAGUUCUUCGACUGGCCCGACAAGAGCGGACUCAUCAAAGUGAAAACUCAAGAAAGCGAAGAGAAAGCCGUCGGCGUCGUCACGGACAUCUCAUCCCUCGAACCGUACGACGCCCAGCUGAUGUUAGAUAACCAAGUCGAUGAUCCCGAUUUGGAAUUAGAAGGCGCCCACCUCGGUCGUGGUGUCGAGUACUACGACGAAGCCGAACGUCGCCUUCAACAGAUAUCGACGUUGAGUGUCAAAGUGUGGCACUUGCAGGACUACGAGAAAGUGCUGAUGGACGAAGUGUCGCGCGGCCAGUUCCACUCUCGCGACACGUACAUCAUCCGCUGGCAGUAUCGCAUAACUGUGACGGGCAAAGAUUUGAAAGGCCAGCCGUCCGUGCACGGCCUCUUGGGUCGCGAUCGUUUCUGCUACUUCAUUUGGCACGGAGCCCAAGCUCCGCCCACCGACCAGGGUGCCUCGGCUCUCAAAACGGUCGAGCUGGACGAAGAGCGAGGGCCUCACGUUCGCGUCCAGCAAGGACACGAACCCCCCGCCUUUCUGGCCAUUUUCCAAGGACGGAUGGCCAUCCAAAGUGGCAAACGCGGCGAACGCGAAGCGGACCAGUCUGUUUGGCGAUUGUAUUUCGUACGCGGCGAAAAGGAGGAAGAAGCCCACCUGCUGCAAGUGAGACGCUGCGUCCAGGCGUUGCGCAGCCGUGGCUGUUUGCUGCUCGUCAACCAGUCGACGGGCACCGUCUUCGUCUGGCACGGCGCCAAGUCGCUCAAACAUACGCGCCAGGUGGCCAACUCUGCCGCGUCUGCCCUUAAACAGCACAGACCACCAGAGCUGAAUGUCCGGAGUGACGCCAAUAUGACCAUAAAGGAACAGUACGAAGGAGCGGAAUCGCGUGAAUUCUGGGAGGGCCUCGGCCACAACAGUCGAGUGGCAGAUCGCUCACUCUACCUGUCAUUGGCGGAGAGGCCGAAGGAGAACCGAUACGAUUACACGCCGCGUCUCUUCCACUUGACGUCGUGGACGGGACAGUUCCGCGCCGACGAGAUCCCACCCACUCUGCGCGUUCCUCAACUACCCUGUCCUUAUCCGUUUGUCCAGGAGGAUCUGUACGGCGCUAAUCAGCCGACGCUGUUCAUGCUGGACAAUGAACACGAGGUGUGGCUUUGGCAAGGCUGGUGGCCGGAUCUGCCGGACACGGAUAACACUAACACGGGAUCGGGCAAGCUGCGCUUGGCCGUCGAGCGUCGCUGCGCCAUGGAGACGGUUAUCGAAUACUGCCGCCUCAAAGGAGAUAAUGAGGAUCGAAUCCCACCGGCCGCCUAUCUCGUUUCGGCAGGCCUUGAACCGUUGGCUUUUACCGCCCUCUUUCCCUAUUGGACGGUGGACGAGCGUGUCGCCCAGCUCAGUAUUCAGGACGGAAAGAGUUCAGGCGAGUCUCAGUCCAUUCAAGACGUGCUGGACCGACUGAAGCGCACCGCAUACCCUUUGAGUGAGCUUCAAGUACGUCCGCCACCAGAGGGAGUCGAUCCUACCAAAUUGGAAUCUUAUCUAACUGACGACGAUUUCCAGGAGACGAUGGGUAUGAGCAAGAUGGAAUUCUACGCUCUACCUGCCUGGAGGCAAACGCAAUUGCGGAAGGAGACGGGACUCUUUUGAAAACAACAAACACAACUUGCCUUUUCAAAAAUAAAAAAUAACUAAUAAAAGGGGGGGGAUGUGCGUAGAAAUGAUGUGCGCACCCCACCAGUCGGACCACACACCUACCUGGAAAAUAAUUGGAGCCGAAAGAAGAUGAACAAAACGCCGACUGGAAUGAUCGAAUCAUCUGCAACGGACAAUAUCGCCAUUUUGUGAUAUGUAUAGUUUUAACGAUAUAGGGCAACAACAACAAAAAAAAAACAAACAGAAACAAAACAAAAACAAAAAACUAAUCAUUUAAAAAAAAAGUUAAGUUAGUAACACAACGUCUCGAUUGGAAGAUGUUUGUUUGUUUCAUUCUGACAUUGCACUGAUUGUUGUUCAACUGUUUUUGUUUUUGUUUUUUUUCCUGCCAUGUUUGGCACCUUGUUUCGAGUGCCUUUUCUUUUCUUUUUAAAUCAAGUUCUUGAAUAAUAUUUUUUAACUUCUCUUUCGAUUGGAGAGAAACGAAAAAGUAGGAAAAAUUUGAUUCGCUUUUUGUGCCUUUAAAUCUUUUUUUGGGUUUUAAUGUCUCCCUUUUCGAGUCACGUGACGACUUUACGAAAUCGCCGCAAUCAUUUCGAAAUGUAUUUUUACUGCAACAGUCGAAGAGAGGAGGGGGGGAAAUUGUUUUCUUUUCAAAGAAAAAAGAAAAAACAGCUGUCCACUUUCGCUAUCGUUUUUACUCUCGACUGCAACAAUCGUGAAAUUUUCUUGAUGAAAACAAAACAAACGGGAAUGCGUUUUCACGUUUCAAUUGUGGGAAUAAGAAAAUAGGAGAAGAGUUGCACUUGUCGUAAAAAUUAUGAUAAAACAUUUUUUUUUUCCCUUUCGCUCCACGCGCCAUCCCCCCCCCAUCGUAAGUUUAAAAAAAAAAACUUUCGCUUGGACUUUUUUUGUUUUUUUAUUUGAGGAUUGGGGGCAACUUUUUUCUGCCUUGAAAAGAUGGUGGGAAAAAAACGUGAAUAUUAAAAAUUCAGAACCAGUCGCUUCUUUUAAUAGACGUUUUCAUUCUUUUUCUUUUCCCCCCUUAAAUCAUCCGCCCUGCCAGGCCGAAAUAUUUUUAAAAACAACUUACAAGUCGUAAAAAAAAAUAUAUAUAUAAAUUCGUACAUUUUAAAAAAGCUUAGUCCCGUCAUCAUCAAAAAUGAAUUACAAUAUGUAAAACGAUUCUGCCUGAAAUAUGUUAUGCCUGACCGUGUUUUCAACUCCCUCCCUCCCUCUAUUGUACACGCAUCACUUCAACAUAUUGUCUGGAUGCUAUAAAUUAAAGAAAACAAAAAUUAAUCUGUGAAAAAUGAAAUAAAAACGACGGCAAAUACUACGAAAAGCAAACGGUA